CUGUUUUCUGUUUUGUUGAAGAGCCCCCCCCCCGUGCAGAAUUGUUAAUUUCCAGUCGGUGUGAACGUGCCCUUCGCUCUUCUAUGAAACGUCUACAGUGCGCCAUUGAAAUUCACGACUGUCAGAGCUCACUACGCUCCUUUGGAACUUUCAACAGCUUCCAGUUGACAGGAACUCUUUAAUUCGCUUACAGAAUUUGUCGCCUCUAAUAUCCUUUGCGUGUAUAGUUGCCGUGAUUAAAGUUAUUUAAAGCAUGAUUUAAAGGGUUGAAGUUGCAUGACAUGCUGAAAUGUAAUGUUUUUGCGACCCGACAGUUUUAAGUUUAGCAUCGCGAGGCAAACUCUAUAGGCACGUCAGUCAACGUCACUUGCAAGUAGCAAUUGUGCCAGAACAUUCUGCUGUGGGUUAGUGGUUUACGUUUUAACGUGUUUCUGUAUGUUGCUAAUGGUUUUUAUCAUUCAACACUGAAGGGAACGUCUGUCGAGUAAAUUACGCCAUUUGACAACAGUUUCUGCGAAGGACCUCUGUACGCUAGCUAGCCUGCUAGCAAGGAUAUUCCUCUGAGGGGCGUUUACCGUUUGUCGGAGCAAAACUAGUCUGCAACAGUAGGCUAUAGUCCGAUAGCUACUCAGUUACCUAAUACAUUUAUCUAGAUAGGAUAUCUCUCUAGCGUGCCGUUUUCUUUACGUUCCCUUUAGUAUUUUUUGCUAUUAUUUACGCUACAUUGGAUAUCCAGCAAGUUAAAUUGACUACUUCUGUUUAUGCAGAAGUGACACAGACUUUCAAGAAAGCAGUUUUGAAGUUUCAGUUUGUAAACUUGGACCAAAGGGCGCAACGAUUGUUUCCCUCCACGUAGCUGGCACCAGGGUUGUCGAGCGAACGCAUGAGAAGCUGAAAUGCCAAGAUAUUGCUUGUCAUGACAGCGGGAGAAGGUUUGUUGCCCAGCUUUGCUUCCACUGGCAGUACCUUGUAUCUGAUCAUGCCGGGAGACUAGCCAGCGAAACGAAGAUCACGACGUUGUUGGAAACUAAGUGGAGUAACGUUAUAUUAUACUAUACUUAAAUGAUUGUGCCAUAUGACUGUUCCCCUCUGGAAAUGAUCUAGACAACAAGUUCGUUUUGAAAGCAGGCAAAAUCGAAAAAAAUGGAUCAAGUUGGAUUGAGGCGCAGCCCUCCGGAUAACAACAGCCUUGGUUUUGGCAAACAGGCAGGAGAAGGAGGGUUUGUGAAUGACAUUGGAAACAGCGGUAUGCAAGUGUCUGCCACCACAGGACUGGUGAAGCCUGUGCCCAGAGCUGAAGCCUCCCCCAAGGAUGGCUCAUCCAAUGGCCUGAACAGCAGCAACCUCCAGAGAAACAGGGGGCGUGGGUCAGCGGAAGGCCCCCAUGUUAAGGAGUUUGGGAAACCGCUAAGGAUUCAGUCCACACAGUCCCAUCAGGACACACUGGGUCCCAUGAACGUUGGAGACAACUUCUCUCUCUUGGACGAGACUCUUGCUGAACUGGAUGCUUUUCCCAUCAAGACGGAGGACUUUUCUCCUGCCAUCGAUACAGACAUAAACGACACUGUGUCCCUGGGGCUUGGGGAUGACCGGGACGACUCCACACUGGAUAUCCUGCGCGACCUGAACCUGCCAGGCUCGCUAAACGAACUCAAUGAGUUGUACGUGGCAGACGAGGAUGCCUUCAUCAACUCUCUGACCGUGGACGAUGCGGUGCUUGGGGAUGGCCUGGUUAUACAAAACCAGUCUGGCAGCGGGGGUGGAGGUGGCUGUGUGGGCAGUAGAAACGGAGGUGCCGGCUGCAACAGGGGAAGUUGCUCUGGUGCGAACGGCGCCGAGCUGCACCCACAACACCGGCCACCUCUGCCAACGCAGCAGCCACAGCCCCAGUCUCAGCCUCUCAUGAACAUGCCCAUCAUUAAAACUGAGAAAGAUGCAGGCUACAUCCAGCUGUGCACGCCUGGAGUCAUUAAGAUGGAGAACGAGAGCCGCAGCUACUGCCAGAUGUCGGGCAUGGACAUGGGCAGCCCUCAUGCUGGCUCCUCCGCAGGCCUGGGCUCCAUGCCCUCCCAGGGAUUUUGCUUUGGAGCCAGCGUGCCCCCGCUGAGUAUGCACAGCGAGCAUUCACCCGGCGUCCCUCAGGAUCAGAAGCCAGUGUUCGGCCUCUACCCACCGCGCACCUCCCUGAGCAACAGCUGGAACAGGGGGUUUGGAGAGCUCCCUGGGAUGUCGAGGCCCAGUGACAUAGUCCCAUCCACAUCUGCAUACCCUGUGACUUUCAACAGCCCUCCUAACAGACCAGAAGCCAAUGGAGCUGGUGGAACUGCAGCAGCUAAAUCGGGUGGAGCAGCUCAUAAGAUCUGCCUGGUCUGUUCCGACGAGGCUUCGGGCUGCCACUACGGCGUCCUCACCUGCGGAAGCUGCAAGGUGUUCUUCAAGAGGGCCGUUGAAGGAUGGAGAGCACGGCAAAACACGGAUGGACAACAUAACUACCUAUGUGCCGGACGCAACGACUGCAUCAUUGACAAGAUCCGGAGGAAAAACUGUCCCGCCUGCCGCUUCCGGAAGUGUCUGCAAGCCGGCAUGAAUCUGGAAGCCCGUAAGAACAAGAAGCUGAUUCGGCUGACACGACAGCAGAGCGGCGGUGACUCUGGACAGCCCCUGCUUGACGAGCAGCAGUGCACUCUGGUGCCCAAGUCCAUGCCGCAGCUGACGCCCACCAUGCUGUCGCUGCUGAAGGCCAUCGAGCCCGAGGUGAUGUACUCGGGCUACGACAGCACCAUCCCGGACACGUCCACCCGCCUCAUGACCACGCUCAACCGCCUCGGUGGCAAGCAGGUCAUCUCCGCUGUCAAGUGGGCCAAGUCGCUGCCAGGCUUCAGGAACCUGCACCUGGAUGACCAGAUGACCCUGCUGCAGUGCUCCUGGCUCUUCCUCAUGUCCUUCGGCCUGGGCUGGAGGUCCUACCAGCAGUGCAGCGGAGGCAUGCUCUGCUUUGCCCCCGACCUCGUCAUCAACGAGGAGAGGAUGAAGCUGCCCUACAUGAGUGACCAGUGUGAGCAGAUGCUGAAGAUCUCCAGUGAGUUUGUGCGGCUGCAGGUGUCCUAUGAGGAGUACCUCUGCAUGAAGGUCCUCCUGCUCCUCAGCACAAUCCCAAAAGAUGGGCUAAAGAGUCAGGGUGUGUUUGAGGAGAUCCGCAUGUCCUACAUUAAGGAGCUGGGGAAAGCCAUCGUCAAACGGGAGGAUAGCAGCUCCAGCCAGAACUGGCAGAGAUUUUACCAGCUCACCAAGCUGCUCGACACCAUGCAAGAGAUGGUGGAGGGCCUACUGAACUUCUGCUUCUACACCUUUGUGAAUAAAUCCCUGAGCGUGGAAUUCCCUGAGAUGCUCGCCGAAAUCAUCAGCAACCAGCUACCAAAAUUCAAAGACGGGAGUGUCAAGCCGCUCUUGUUUCAUCAGAAGUGACUGCCUUAGACCGCGACACUAUGCCUUAAUAACCACCCAGCCCAGGCCAGCUUAUACCUGUACACACACACACACACGCAUGCAUGCAUACACACACACACAUAUACACACACACACACACACACGACAC